UGAUGGGGGUUGAAGGGAAAUAGGUUUGUGUGUUUGCUCACUUCCUCUGCUCACCUCAGAGGAAACUGGGGGUUUGAACUGAAAGAACCUCCUGCCUCGUGAGGGAAAUUAUCAUUUUCUGGAUUUGAGGAAAACAUGGAACACUGAGGAAGAAAGCAGCUGAUCAGGAUGGCACUCGCUUCCCUGUGCGUCCUUCUCUCGACUCUGAGCAUCUCUCCUGAGCGAUCUCAGUUCCGCCGCUAUGAGACUAUCUUCCUGAAAUGUACGGCCAACUCCACCGGCUGGACCGUGAAGAGGAACACGUCUCUGCACUCCAGUCAGAAGUGUCAGUACGGUUGGGGGAUCCCCGGAGAGUCCUCCUGCAAGAUCGACACUGCCUACACAUCAGACACCGGGGUGUACUGGUGUGAAAACGAUCACGGGAAGUGCAGCAACGUCGUCAACAUUACGGUCACUGAGUCACCUGUGAUGAUGGAAAGCCCCCCGUAUGGCGUCACUGAGGGGGACAGUGUGACUCUGCGCUGCUCCUACAAGGAUGAACACCAAGACUCCUCAACCUCAAACUUCAGCGCCAACUUCUACAAGGAUGGGGAGUUCAUCAGAGAGGAAGAGGAGGGGAGGAUGGUCCUCACCUCCAUCUCUCAGUCUUCUGAAGGUUUCUACUCAUGUGAGCACCCGUCCAAAGGGAAGGUGUCAACAAAGAGCUGGCUGGCAGUCAAAGAAAAAUUUCAUCCAACAAGCAUGGCGGCCACUCCUACGUCUUCCCCUACAUCUUCUCCUACAUCUUCUUCUACACUCAUGUUUCACCCCAUGAUGAUAUGCAGUGCUCUGCUUUUCAUCCUGUACAGCAUCCCAUCCAUCUGUUGUGUCUACAAAUACCGGAAGUGGGCUAAAGUCCGAGCUGACGUCAAACUGUUAGCCGUACAUCGCAACAAGUUACAAGAAGUGGACCUAAAGGACAUGAACGUCUACCUACACAAACCUCUUCCUCCUCCUCCUCGUCUUCAUCGGUGUUGACCUGACAGAUUUAUUUUGGCGUCGUCUCACGGAAAUCAUGAACCAAUGAUGUCAUCAUCCUGACCUGGUACAGCUGGAGUUGUGAGGACGUACAAAAACUGCCCGACAACAACGACAACAUGUGUGUCCUGUGUUUGUCAGUGGUGUUUCUUUGUCAUGUUGUUUGGUUUAUACACACACACACACACACACACCCACACACACACACACACACACCCACACACACACACACACACACACACACACACACACACUGAAGCCAGGAUUUUAGAGGGAAUUUCCUGUUUGCAUCUGGAUAAGGAUUUGGUAAAAAUCACACACAACCUCCCGAUUCUGUUUUUUAAAGUCUUUUUCUUCAGAUUUUGUUAUAUUUUUCAUUUGUGAAUCUCUUCAUGGAUGAGCUUCCACAGACCUGGAGGAUCAUGGAGGCCGCUGAGUUUGAUCCAUUUAUUCCUUUAUUUGUAGAUAGAAAAGUGGAAAUUAAAGAGCAUGAAUGUUUCUCAGCAUAGGAGUGACAGAGACGACAGACGUCUGGUUUCCUCUCACGUCUCCACUGUGAGACGACGUCUUUUCCAUCUUCCAGCAUCAUUUCCAGCUGCAGCACAGACCAGAGUCACAUUAGGAAUCAGAACGACCUCGGAGUGACCCCAGAAACCCCACCAGGAGAGCUCCGCCCUCUGCUUUGGGGGCAACACAGUUCAGGAAAUGUCUUCCUUCAAUUUUAACAAACAUUUCUUAACGAUAAGAGAAGUUCUUUUGGGUUGGAUGGUGAGGAUGGCGGUCCUCCACCCUCUGGAUCAUCACCACCAGAACAUUUGCUGGUUUGGGUUCUGUUAACGUUCUGUCAGUCCGAGGCUGACCUCUGCAGGUCACAAGGAGACAAAGCAGAGGAUCAGCUGGAGCUUUUUACCUGCUCCUCUUUCUCUGGACCACACCAUCAGCCGGGGGAGGAGGACAAGCAGAGACAAGCAUUUUUUUUUUCAUACCUCGAGUCCACAGUCUGUAUUUGAGGAAGAAGAGGAUGAGGAAGACAUUGUAGAAGAUGAAGAGCAGAGAACUGAUGAGCAGUUUGGUCCUGGACAUGAGAGGAGGAGCUGCAGCUCCACACUGAGCUCUGUCUGGAGAACACAGAACAUAAAAAAUGAAAGAAAAACAUCUGUUUUGGUUUGAAAGUACAGUUUUGCUGGAAACGUUACCAAAAAAAAAUAACAUUUUCAUUUUUCAAGCUGGCGUUUGUGUGAAAACUCACCGUCUUUAAGUUCAGCUUCAACU